CGUCACCCAAGUGUUCAACCUGCUGAGUGCAGAGGAAGGCCAGCCCGCCAUGUAUGAUCCUUACUUCUCAUCUUAGACUGUCGCAGCACAGAGAGUGGGCAGUGUGAAGGCCAGGACGGACUCCCCCGACCUCCAGCACUGUUUCUUCCAACUCAGUGGUUUGGGAAUGGACAAUGUGAUCCUGCUGGGGGGAUUCUCAUCCUUCUAUACCUUCUACCCUUUCUUCUGCACACAACGUAUGGUCUUGCUGGAACAUGAGCGGCACACCCUCACCAUCUACCCCUCAGAGAUCCUGGAAGAAGCUCUCUACCGGGGCUCUGCCUCCCAGGCCUCUGACUACCGCAUCAUCAAGCAUAUACACAUUACGCAUCAUGUAGUCAAUGCCACUUCCAACUGCCCUGAUGCUUUCCCCAACACGCUGUGCUACCUGAGGCUGUGUCUGAGCGAUGAUGCCCAGCAAGACCUGGUGAAGGCACAGCCACUGGCAUCCAGGUUCGAUGACUGGAGUAAGAAUAAGAAUGGAAAGGAGGACACACCUACAGUUCACAUUGAGAGAAAGUUUCCAGUAAACUGAGACUGAACAAAUAGAGGUGGAUUGUCAACUGCAAGAGACUCCCGAAGCCUGGAUAGGAGUAUUUCCCCCACAAGUGUGACAUUAAUCUUGCUUCACCACACCAUGUUUCUUAUGCUAUGCCUCAAAUACCACAAUAAUCAUACAGAGGUUUCAUUGUAUGACCUAUGUAUGACUCAGUAUAAUAUAUUUCCUGUUAUGACCUUUUGCUUGAUGAUAGUU